UUACAUAAAAUAAUACGCCUCAUUAUUUUUCAAAACAGAAAAAGGUUCAUUCUCUCUCCUCUCAAAAAUGAUGAACCUUAAACCCCCAAACUGAUUGCUUCAAUUUUCUUCUGCUCGAAUCAUUUGCUCAAAUCUUAACCUUAAUCUCUUGCUCGAAUCUUAUUCUGCUCAAUCAUUUGCUCGAAUCUUUUGUUCGAAUCGCUCGAAUCUUCUGUUCGAAUCGCUCGAAUCAUUUGCUCGACUCUUCUGCUAGAAUCACUUGCUCGAAUUUGGAUCGAAUCUGCUCGAAUUGAAAGUUUCAGAAUGGAUAAUGAUAGAAGUUGGAUGCAUGUUCAAGGGUUGAAUGGUAGGCUUCAACCAAGUUACCGAAAUGGUGUUAAAUACUUUCUUGAAUUUGCUUUCAAGGACACUAACCCUAAUUCUGGGGAUAAGAAGAGGUGUCCUUGUUUGGAUUGUCUAAAUUACUUUGACCAUGACCGAGUGACAAUACGUGUUCAUCUCCUUCGAGUGGGAAUAGACCCUGAUUACAAUCCAUGGGUAUUCCAUGGAGAUGAACAAUCCCUUGACAUCGGUGGGAUGGAGAUGUCCGAGGAGGAAGGUGAUGAGUUAUAUGAUGAAGAUCCUCUUGUAUCAGAAGAAAUGGAUUCUUUGGUACAUGAUGCGACAAAUGUAGUGCCGGAGGAGCACGAUGGGGAUGAAGGGGGUGGAGAUUGUUCUGAGAUUCCCGAUAAAUUUUAUAAAUUGAUGAAAGAUGCAGAAGAAGAGCUAUUUUUGGGUUGUAAAACAUUUUCAAGGCUUGAAUUCAUUGUAACUCUCUUACACCUUAAGGUUAGUGAGGGUUGGAGUGAGAAAUCAUUUAGUGGGCUCCUUAGUGCAUUACAAAAGGCCUUUAAUUAUGACCCAAACUUUCCAAAAAGCUCUUAUGAAGCAAAAAGUACACAAAAGAUCUUGGGUUGAAUUAUGUGAAGAUUCAUGCUUGUGUCAAUCAUUACAUACUUUAUAGAAAAGAGUAUAAAAAUGCUGAUUCAUGCCCUAUUUGUGAGGAGUCAAGAUGGAAGGAAGGUAGCGGUGAAUUUGAUGAUAGUGUUACCUUCUCGGAAUCUCAAGGGGCCUCACAAAGAAUGCCUAAGGUACUCGUAUGGUUCUUCACCAUUUUCCUUUAGUGCCAAGGCUUCAAAGGCUUUUCAUGUCAUCGAAAAAUUACAAAGCACAUGCGAUGGCAUAAAGAGAGGCAGCAACUUGAUGACAACAUAUUAAGGCACCUAUCCGAUUCAAUGGCAUAGAAGAAGCUUGAUGAAUCAUUUCCGGAGUUUGCAAUCGAUCCACGUAAUGUGAUAUUAGGUCUUUCGACUGAUGGUUUCAAUCCCGGUGGACAUUUUGGCGCUAAUUAUAGCAUUUGGCCAGUGUUUUUGGUGCCCUACAAUCUUCCACCAUGGAUGUGCAUGACAAGUCCAUACAUCACGUUGGCACUCCUAAUUCCCGGUCCCAAGUCUCCUGGAAUGGAUAUUGAUGUGUUAUUAGAACCAUUGAUUGAUGAACUUUAAGAAUUAUGGGAAGUUGGGGUGAAAACUUAUGAUUCACAUAGUAGCCAAAACUUUAAAAUGAAGGUAGCCCUAUUGUGGACAAUGAGUGAUUUUCCCGCUUAUGGAAAUUUUUGUGGUUGGAGUACUUGUGGUAAACUUGAUUGUCCAUCAUGUCACAAAGAUACCUCACACGAGAGAUUGAAGCUUGGAAGGAAAGAAUUCUUUGAUGGUACUAGAAGAUUCUUGGAUCCUGAUCAUAGAUGGAGAAUGGAUAGAAAAUCUUUUAAUGGAGAAACAAAAAGACGACCACCUCCUAUCCCUUUGUUGGGGGAUGAAAUAUUAGAAGCAUUUGAUGGUGUUCCGAAUGUGAUAUUUGGGAAGAAGAGAAAGAGAACUCAAAGAUACUUAUUUGACCAAUGGAAGAAGUUUAGUACCUUCUUUAGACUCCCUUAUUGGAGUAAGCUUUUGGUAAGGCAUAACUUAGAUGUGAUACUGUGGGGAAUAAUUUCAAGCGUUAAACCCCUAGCUUGAACCCCACUGUGAUCAUACACUA